AUGGACGACCCGAUGGAAAAGCGAAAGCAGAUGUUGGACAGUGUACAGGCGCAGUCUCUGCCCGUUUUGAAUUGGCACAAGCUCUUUGAGUCAGACAGCCCCCCUCGGUUGGGGAUCGAAGUUGAGAAGCGGAUCCCCUACGCAGCGAUGUCUGGGUUCGCGACAGGAUUCGGUCUUGGGUAUUUGCACGGAAGCAAGAGAGCAGGCUUGGUCUUUCGAGCGGAGAAUGCGCACCGGUUUCCCACCUCGUCGCAGGGGUGGUUUCAGUACCACCGAUCGAAAAAUCACGUCGCGAUUGUGGGCGGAGUGAAAGAUGGAAUGAAGAUGGGUUUCAAGUUGGGAGCAGGCGCGCUGGCUUUCUCCCUUUUUGAAGAGACGGUCGACUAUGCGCGCCACGACAAGAGAGACUUUCUCUCGACGGUCACUGCUGGAUUAUCGUUUUCUGGCAUCUACAGCUUAUUGGCUCGCCAUGAUCUGUACACCACUGCGCGCAAUGCCAAAUUCGGCCUGAAGCUCAGUUUGGCAUACGGCCUGCUUCAGGACGCUCUGGAGACCGCUAAAGGCAACCACCCUGCCUAUCUGAACUUCUUCUUCGGCCAUUGA